AUGAGUCUCCCGUUUGCCAAGGAGAAAGUUGAUGCUGACCUUGAAAAAUCUAUGGUGGUUGAUUCUAAGAAUUAUCAUCUUCAUCCAACUUCAUUGGCGAUAUUAAAGAAACUUUUAUUUGCAUUGACUAUAGAAAUUAUAAUUUCAUGUUUUGUAUAUUAUUAUUAUGAUAGAAUUGGACUAAUCCACCCCAUGCUAGCUCCGGCAAUGUUAGGGUGUUUUUCAGGUGCAUUGGCACAAUCAUUGAACCAAUAUUUCAAGAGGAAAUUCAACUUGAAUAAGAUUUUCAAGUUCAUGGUGUGGGGGUUUAUAAACGGAUAUUUCACUAGUGCAUGGAUUAGUAUAUUGGUUACAAGAGUCGAUAAUUUACUUUACAGAAUUCUUUUGGAUCAAUCUUGUGGGACUCCAAUGUUUCAAUUAAUUUUCAAUAUCUUGAAUUCCUUAUGGGAUCAAGGUGAGGUAUUCUCAUCAACAACAAGAAUAGCAUUCUUCAAGUCUUUAAAAUAUAGUUAUUGCUUUUGGCCAUUUUUUUCAAUCAUUCUGUUCAUCUUCAUUCCCGAGUCAUUAAUGUUUCCAUCCAACUGUUUAGCAAAUUUAUUUUGGAAUCUUAUUUUAAGUAAAAUAGCAUAG